CGAAGCAAAAAAGUUGAAAGAGAUGGUAUCAUAUUCAAAGACUUUAUUCACUAAUGGCAAACACCAUCCAAAUAAACAAACUUCACAAAGGUCCCACCUUGCUCACAAAAGCAGCCCCAUAAUAGUGGUUCUCUCCUUUGAAUUAGACAACUCCUUUUUCUUUCUCCAUUUGACAGUCAGACUUAUUGCUUGCCUUUCUUCUUUAGAUUGCUCAUUUCCUUGUGAUCUGAUACGAUGGAGAUUUUCAAAUGUUUGUACUUGAGUCUUCUCAUCACUUUCAUGUCAUUCACAGCAGUUUUAGCAAUGGAUCCCUAUACAGAGGCACUUCUUAGCCUGAAAGCUGAACUUGCAGAUCAUGAUAACAGUUUACAUGACUGGAUGGUUCAAUCUGGAAGAAACUUAACGAGAAAAUCCUACGCAUGUUCUUGGACUGGUAUCAAGUGUAACAAGGAUUCGACAAUUGUAACUUCAAUAGACCUGUCCGUGAAGAAUCUGGGAGGUGAGAUUUCAGGGAAGCAAUUUGGCAUCUUCACAAAACUUGCUGAUUUAAACCUGAGCAAUAAUUUCUUCUCUGGGAAGCUUCCUGUGGCACUAUGCAACCUCACAAACCUAAGAAGCUUGGAUAUUAGCAGAAACAACUUUUCUGGUCACUUCCCAGGUGAAAUUUCCUCCCUUCAAAAUUUACUUGUUCUUGAUGCCUUCAGCAACAGCUUCUAUGGACCAUUGCCUGUUGAGCUUUCCCAACUUGAGAAUCUCAAGGUUCUUAAUCUAGCAGGAAGCUACUUCAAAGGACCAAUUCCAUCUGAAUACGGUUCUUUUAGAAGUCUUGAGUUUCUUCAUCUUGCAGGAAAUUUUCUCUCUGGUAAUAUACCUCAAGAACUGGGUAACCUCAAAGCAGUAACCCAUAUGGAAAUUGGCUACCAUUCUUAUCAGGGCACUAUUCCAUCACAGUUAGGUAAUAUGAGUAAGCUUCAAUAUCUUGAUAUUUCUGGUGCAAAUCUAUCUGGGCCAAUACCAAACCAGCUCUCAAAUCUCACCAGUUUGCAAUCAAUGUUUCUAUUCACAAACCAGCUCACAGGACCAAUACCAAGUGAGUUUAGCAGAAUCAAAACUAUAAGAGAUUUGGAUCUUUCAGACAACCUUAUUUCUGGGUCCAUUCCUGAAAGCUUUUCACAGUUAAAGAACUUAAAACUGCUUAGUCUCAUGUACAAUGAUAUGAAUGGAACUGUUCCUGAAGGAAUUGCUCAAAUCCCAUCCUUAGAAACUCUUCUCAUUUGGAACAAUCGCUUUUCUGGAAUACUUCCGCAGAACUUGGGCAGGAGCUCAAAACUCAAAUGGGUGGAUGUUUCCACAAACAAUUUGAUUGGAAGCAUACCACCAGACAUUUGUGUGAGAAGGUCUCUAUUUAAACUAAUCCUGUUCUCGAACAGAUUUACAGGUGGUCUUCCACUGUCACUAUCCAACUGUUCUUCUCUUGUUCGACUUCGACUUGAAGAUAAUUCAUUGUCUGGGAAGAUUUCUUUGAAAUUCAGUCAUCUUCCUGAUAUCUCAUAUGUUGAUCUUUCUCGAAACAAGUUUGUUGGAGGAAUUCCCUCUGAUAUUUCUGAAGCUAAAAAACUUGAGUAUUUCAAUAUCACUCAUAAUCUGCAAUUGGGAGGCAUCAUCCCAGCACGGAUAUGGUCUUUGCCACUUGUUGAAAAUUUUUCAGCAUCUUUUUGUGGUAUUCUAGGCUAUCUUCCACCAUUUGAAUCCUGCAGAUCAGUUUCUGUCAUUGAACUGGACAGGAACAACUUAUCUGGAAGUGUCCCAAACAGUGUUUUCAAUUGCCAUGCACUAGAGUACAUAAACUUGUCCCACAAUAACCUGUCAGGUCAUAUACCUAAUGAGCUUGCAAGUAUCACUUCUCUCAGUGCUGUAGACCUAUCAAACAAUAACUUCAAUGGCUCAAUACCAGUAAAGUUUGGUAGCUCUUCGAGUUUGCAGCUUCUUAAUGUCUCUUUCAACCAUAUUUCUGGUUCAAUUCCCAAAGGAAAAACCUUUAAAUUGAUGGAUAGAAGUGCAUUUAUUGGGAAUUCAGAGUUAUGUGGAACACCUUUGAGACCAUGCCUUGUUUCAGUUGGAAUAUUCGAAAGCAAAGGGCCAUGGAAGCUUAUACAUAUUUUGCUAAUCUGUACUGGAUUGCUUACAUUUCUUGCAGCAUUAGUUUUUGGGACGCUUCAUUUCAAACAAGGAACUAAGAGUUGAUGGAAGAUGAUCUCCUUGUUGGAAAAUUCAAUGUAAAUAUUAAAAUUUUGUGGCCAUUAUUUAUUAAGCCUAAAAAAAGUGAUCUAUUUAGAUUGAAGUUUUGAGGCUUAGGGUUUUUAUUGUCAUGGAAUUAAUGCACAGGGACAAUAGUUUUGUUGAAGAGCACAAAUUGUAAAUAUCACAAACUUGAAUCUAUGGGGUUGUGGUCUUGA